CGAGCAUUACUCUCACAUAUCUACUCACUUCUCUCACAACCUCUUACCAAAAAAUGGCCUCUGAUGGUAGUUUUGUCUUGCUAGCCCAUUGGAACGGUGAGAUAAUGAUCAAGAACAAUGAGGUGGAGUACUCAUUGCAUUCAAAUAAGGCCUUUGUUUUUGAUCUUGAUAUCUCAUUCGAGGAUGUCUUCAAUGAACUCCUUGAUGCUAUUGGUGAAGAUAAUCUCAAUUCCAUAAAAAACAUUUGGGGAAAAUAUUCCAAAUACAAGGAUGGAGUUUAUGCUGCUUCACGCCCUUUCCCCAUUUCCGAGGAGCGAACAUGGAGGUGUUUCGUUCAAAAGGCAACGAAGGAAUAUGAUGAACUUGAGGUUUACCUAGAUGCACACCAAGUUGAAGUGUUGGCUAACGAGGAAGAAGAAAUGGAGGAAGAGCAAAACCACCAAGCUCAUCACCACCAAGUUCAUCACCAACACCAAGUUGAUGAGGCGGGGCCGUCUAACACAGCACGAGACAUGGAUGAUGAAGAUGAAUUUGAGGAUCCGACGUACGUUGCUAAUUCUGAUCAAGAGAGCUCUUCAGAUGAGUCUGAAGUAUCUGGAUGGGUCUCUAUGUACACACCGGACGUGUACACAGAGGAGCCUAUUAACAUUGCUGAACAAGGAAUUCUAGAAUUUCCGAUCCCUAGGCACGUUGAAGAAGUCUCACUACAACCAACGUUCCGUAUCCCUGAAAUUCAGAUUGGAUAUCGGUACGGUGAUUUCAAAAGCCUUCAAUUUGCAGUGGCGCUACGCAAUAUUGCAGAGCAUAGACACUUUCAGACUUCUUCAAAGCGUGCAAUUAUUGGCUGGCGAAGUGCACGUAUCCGGAACAAUGUCCAUGGCUCAUCCAGGCUGCAGAGGUUGCAUCUGUUUGGACUGUCAAACAGUAUAGAAGUCAACAUUUAUGCAGACCAGACCUUUCGAAAGAGAAAGACGAUAAGCUUAUUACAAGCAAGCUCAUCUCGGGAAUUAUAUUCUCUAAAAUUGCUGCUGAUGCUGAUUACAAGGAGAUAUCGCCUGCGCCACUUGAGAAGUAAUUUUCAGAAGAAGUUCAAUAGCAAAAAACUAAAAGGCUUGAUGUAUCAUGCAGCCAGUACCCCAGAUGUCUUUGAAUUCAAUAGAACAAUGCAACAAAUUAAGUCACAACAGGAGGAGGCAUAUGACUGGUUGUUGGCUUUGCCAUUAGAGAAGUGGGCACUCUAUUCCGAUGGUUGGGCUCGAUAUGGAAUCCUGACCACUAAUCUUUCGGAAAGCUACAAUCAUGUGCUUAAGGGAUGUAGGUCUCUUCUUGUAUACGCUAUUGUGAAGACGACUCGCGGGAAAUGGGCCACAUUGCACAUGCCAUGUGUGCAUGUCUACGCCGUAUGUCGUUAUUGCAACAUUACUGUUGAUGAUCUUAUUCCACGAGUGUUCUCACUUCAGAAUUACCUCGAUGCAUAUUCUGGAAGUGUUAUGCCACUACAAAACGAAAUUGAAUGGCCUACCCUUGGUUAUGAAUUAGUCCAUCCAUUUAUAGGGCAAAGGUCGCAGGCCGGUCGGCCAAUGUCGAGGAUGUACGGCGGAGGUGGUAGCCGCGGCGGUGGCGGCUUCAACCAGAAGAUCGAUUACGUGCUCAAGGUGGUUCUGAUCGGAGACUCAGCCGUCGGCAAGUCGCAGCUCUUGGCGCGCUUUGCCAGGAACGACUUCAGCGUCGACUCGAAGUCCACCAUUGGAGUAGGCGGAGGAGGUUUUCCCUUAGAUGGUCUUCACAUAGAGUCGGUCUUCAUGAACAACUUCUUGAACUUUCAGAACUACUUGACCAUCAUGGCGAGUUCCUCUUCAAAGUUCUCUCUCUUUGAGCUCGGCUGGCUAGUGGAAGGAGUGUCACAGCUUUUCUGGCAUGUCCCUUCACUGGUUGUGGCUCGGACAUUUGUCUCCAAUGCUGUUGUUUUUGAGGUGUUUGAUCUUGGAGAAGGUGAUGGAAUCAAGUGUCUUGAAGAUGGAUACUUUUGCUACAUUGUCGAGGUUGUGCUUUUUGCAGUCUCGAUCGUCCCAUUUAUCCUUGGGCUUGUCCACAUACUGAACCGCGUCGGGAUUCUUGGGAUCCCUCUCAGGAUUUUCCAUCUGGAUUUUUAAGGGCCCUUCUUCAAGUCACAUCCACAUGCAGUCAUGCAGAGCAUAUAGAUGUGCUUCCAUCACAAUCUUCCAAUAAUCAUAACCUAGAAGAGAAAACUUGGGCAAACAGUGAUCCAUAUUGUUCACCAUUUUGAUCGUUUCUCAUUAAUCUAAAAGUAGAUAGUGAAAAGGUUGGCUCGAUACCAAUUAAUGGUCCCCGAAGUGGUGAGGUACAAAGUCUAGAGGGGGGGGGGAAUAGACUUUGUUACAAAUUAAAAAAAAUUUCGUUCUUUUUUAAAAUGUGAGUCGAUGAGAAACAACCAUUCUUAAUCUUAUGUUCUUGAGAGCUUAGAUUAAGUGUGCGGAAGUUGGUGGGGUAUAUGAGCAGUAAUCAAGUAUGGAUCGGUUA